AUGCCAGUGUUCCCCUUGCUGCUGCUUCUUGGGGCGCUGGCUUGGCUGGUGCUUCGAUGGGCGCGACGGAUCCGGACCAAAGCGGCCGAAGCUUGCCCCAGGAGCAGGGAGGUGAUUCCGGUUCACCCCUUGACUCGGGAGUCCGAGCGCGAGGCUCGCGAGCUUCCCGAGCUCGUGAUCCCAGAGGUUCCAGACUGCGUCCCUGCAGAGGCGCCGCGAUAUGAGCACAAGUUCGGAGCCCCGAGGUCAGAGCUUUACAAGAUGGACUACCGCCCCGUCGAUGAGGAUGUUCCUUCUUUGAUCCAGGCCGCCAUAAGCGACGAACUACAACGCCCGCAUGUGGAGCAAAAGCUUGAGCAGUUGCGAUUGCUUUGUGGCGAUUUGCCUGCCUCCGGCUGGGUUCAACCUCGUGAUCCCCGUGUACUGCUGAGGUUCCUGCUGGCCCGACAAUGCAAUGUGCAUCGAGCCAGAGAGAUGCUCCAGGACGUUCUAUCCUGGCGGCAACAGCACGACGUGGCAGACGCUUUGCCCCACUGGGAGAAGGUGAAGCACGAGAGGUUCGAUUCCUACUGGAAAGCUUCAGGCUGCACAGGAGAAGACUGCCAGGGAGAUCUCGUGGUUUUUGAGAGAAUUGGCCAGUAUGACGUCCGUGGACUUGUGAGAUGCAACCAGGCUUUCAUCCAGGAGCAUUGCAUCUACAGCGCAGAGUGCGUGUUCGCUAGCCUUGAACUUGCGCGGAGGCGCCAUCUUCAAAGAGGCAGCAAUCGUGGAUUUCAAUUGACCGUGGUCGCAGACAUGGCUGGCUUGGACUUCAGCUUCCUGGACCCCAGAGCCUUGCAAAUGUGCAAGACAGUGGCCAGGCUGGAAGCUGACCACUACCCAGAAGUCUUGAAGCGCAUCAUCGUAGUACGUGCACCAUGGGUUUUCGCCGCUGUGUGGCAGCUGUGCCGUCCAUUUAUGGAUAAAGGAUCGCUCGAGAAGGUGGACAUCGUGAAAGACAGUGAGACGACCGAAGCGAUAUUGAAGCAUGUUCCUCCAGAGAUUGUGCCCAAGGCGCUCGGAGGGAGCAUGCCUUCUGCUGAGGGAGAUGAGUACUGCAGCAGUUUGAUUGCUCCUGGCGGGAAGAUACCUGAAGACAUCAUUGCCAUGACCUUUGCUUCAACGGGAGAGGUAUGA